AUGGAAACUAUACCUAAUGAACCUUCUUAUAAAAAUACUGGAAGACGACAUUCAUCAGCCAUUAUUGAGAGUACCUUAGGUGGUAAAGAAAAGAAAAAUCGCAUUUCUAAGAAGAUUAAGAUACAUAAUACUUCAAAGAAAGAUUAUCCCUCUGGAAAAUUACCCAAUUUGAAGGUCAUAUGUAGUUUUAAUGUUGAUAAUUGUUUGCCUGAAAUCGAUAGUAAUGAGGAUGUUCAAUUUACUAAACGAAUCUUGGAAUAUAAUUGGUUUUCAAUGUCUGAUUUAAGUUUACUGGAAAAUGAUAAUGAGUAUUCUAGUAAUUGUGAUCAACUUUUAGAGAAUGAAAUUAGACCUCGUAGACAUAGUCAUAGUAAAGUUAGAUCUAAAAAUGUCAAAGAUGAUAUUUGUAUUUAUUUUCAAGAUGGACAUUCUUAUUGUUCAAUUGAUUUAUCAGAAUUGUUAUCCUCUAAAGAAGAACUUUAUAAUGUUCCAGAAAAUGUUGUAAUUACUGAUGAUAUGUGUUACUUGGAUUUAAAUACUCUCGAAUUUAAACCAACUAAUCGAACGAUUUUACCUUCAAAUAAUGAGGGCGUUACUAUUUCUCUUAGAAAUGAAAAUAAUUUAUCAAAAGUAGAUCAUUUAGGAAAUGUAGACGUACCAAGUUGUUUAAUUGAUAUGCAUCCUCAUAAUUUAUCUCCUGAGCUAACUUCUUUUCGGUUUGUAAGAAAAACUUCUUUACCUAAACAAACAUUAUCACGUAGUAAUAGUGAAUAUUUAUAUAAUAGUGGAAAUAAAAUAUUUCGUAAUAAUUUAAAUUCUGCUGUUUCCACUAAUUCUAAGAAUUUACAAACUCACUCAUUAAUAAAUGUUUUUGAGGAUUUUAUAAAACUUAAAAUUAUUCAAAAAAUUUCUGGAAGAAAGUAUUCUCAUAGUCCACCUAAUAAAAUUAUUAAGACAAAUUUAGAAAAACAAAAUUUAUUAAAAAAAAGUUUACCUGAUGACAUAAGAACAGCAUUAAAUUCACAUUCUCAGUUUAGUGGUACAACAAAUCAAAAUACACCUUCAGGUACAGAAACACGUAAAAUAUCAACAGACUUAGUAUCAUUACAUUCAGCUAUUUCUAAUAAACAUCAUAACGCUGAACUAUUGAAAAUGUCUGAUUGGGCAGAAUAUUAUAAUUGGGAUCCUCAAAAUCAAGAUUUAUAUAAACAUCCAGAGUUUAAAAAAUUGUCAAGAACCGAAAAAGAAAAACAAAACACUAUACGAGAAUUAGUAGGUACUGAGAAGAAUUAUUGUGAAGUUCUUUUAUUAUUACGGCAAUGUUUCAAUCAUAACCUUCGUGAAGAAUCAAUUUUUGUUAAUGACGGUGAUGUUAACCUUGUACCACAACCGGCUACAGAUAAUCUUAUAAAAUUUCAUAUGUCGUUUUUGUCAUCACUUAAAUCAAGAUUAGAAGAAUCUGUAGUUAUUACAGAAAUUAGUGAUAUAAUUUUAAAUUAUUUUGCCAAUCAAAAUAGUUUAAAUGUUGUUUAUGCAAGUUACACUGAAUUAUGUUCUGGAUCUGAUGAAAUGAAACGGUUAUACGAUGUAACAUAUUCCAAGAAUACUAAAUUUAAUAAUUAUUGUAAUAAAUUAAAUAAAGAUGUAUCUUUUAAAGGAAGAGAUUAUAAAAGUUGUUUAGGACUUUUAUCACAAAGAUGUACCAAGUAUCCAAUGUUGUUAGAAAGAAUUGCAAAAUCAGAAAAAAAUAAAGAUCUAUUUGAAAAAGCCUCUGCUGCUUAUGAAACUAUGAAAUUAUUUACAGCUACUAUUGAUAAUAAUUUAAAUAAGUAUCAAAUUAAUAAGUUAUGGGAUUCUUUUAAACAAAUGAUUGAUAAAAAUUCAUACGGUUUGUAUUGUGGACAAGCAUUUACUUUACAGGAUUUAAUUUAUCAAGCUCCGUGUAAUUCAAGAAAAAUUGUUUGCAUAAGUAGAGCGGAUUAUUUUAGGCAAUCUAGGAAAGGACGUGAAGAAAAAAGUAUAUUACUUUUGGCGUUAUUUGAUGAUAUAUUAGUUUUUUUUGUUAUUAAAAAUAAUAUAGCAUACUUCUUUAAUUUGGAUAAUCAUCAGGCUGUAUUUUCUAUAAAACAUACUUCAACAAGACCAAUUGAAAGGCAAAGUAAACUUGUAAUUAUGCAUUUAAGUAAAAAAAAUACUGAUAUGAUUAUUCUUCGUUUUACUGACAAAGAAAAGAUGCAAGAUUUUGAAACAGCAUUACGAGAAACAAAAUCAAAAAUAAAACAUUUCGGUGAUGAUGAGGAAGAUGAAUAUGAAUUAUUAUCUACACAUAGGAAACAAGAUGUUGUUUCUAGAAAUAAUCUUCAUUAUGCUCCAAUUGAAGAUACUUUUGGUUUGGAUGCAAAAACAUUUGAAAAAUAUAAUACUUGGUGGUCUGAAAUGGAAUCAAUUUUUGAUAAUAGAAAAACUGAAGAUCUUAUGAUAACUAAAUAUGUUCAAGAUAGGAUAUCUUGGUAUAAACAAUUGAAAACACAUAUUGCUUCAAUGCCAUUUGCCAAAAAUAAACAAAUCCCUAGUAAAACAAUAAAAGCAAUUUAUGAUAAAUUUGAUGAGUUAGAUAGAAUUCGAGUUUUUGACAAUGCUGAAUAUAUAGAAUGUCUUAAGAAAUUAGAAAGAGACGAUUGUAAGGAUCUUUUUGAUACAUGGAAUGGAAUAUUUUGUAAGAAUGAUUCAGAUGAUAGUGAUUCUGAUGGGAAGAAAAAAAGUUGUGUUAAAAGAGUUUCUACUUAUGCUGGACAGCAAGAUAAAUCAAAUACAAAAGCUAUCUUAUCAAAUUAUAGGAGACAUACUACUGUUCCAGAUUUAUCAGCAGACGAGGUAAAUUUAUCUCCAACAAAAGAAGACUUGUCAAAUUUUGCCCUGAUAAGAGGUGAUAACUCAAGGAGAGCAGCUGAAAAGUUAUUAAAAGAAAAUAUAGAGUUAAGAUCAGAAGUUGUUAGACUUCGUUCAGAUGUUACAUUAAUGGCGGCUCAAGUGGCAUCAUUAAAAGGAUGUAAAAAUAUUGAUUCAUAUUCUAAUUCAAGUAAGCUUGAAGAGUUACGUGAAAAACAAAUGGAACUUGUAGAAAGAGAAAAGAAAAACAAGGAACUAUUUGAUGCACGUGAAAAAGAAUUAAUUGAGAAAGAACAAUUACUGGUAGAAAGAGAAACAAGGUGUGAAAUAACAGAAAAAGAUUUACUGACGAAAUGGCAAGCUUACUACAAACACAAGGUAAAUCCAACAUCUGGAGGUUCUUCAACAAGUUUAAUGCAUGAUUCAGAAAUGCCUUCAACUCCAAUAUCAGAAAAUCCAUAUAAUUUACCUCAUGCUGGUUGUUAUAGUGAAAGUAUAAGUAAAGUCAUUUGUAAUAGUAAAGAAAACAGUUUUGUGUUUUCACCCAUGGAACAGUCAACACGGUCGAAUGGACUGCCUACAAAAUCGAAGUCUCAUUCAUCAAUUCACUCUGACAACCGUCAAAUAAAUGCACUUCCAGUUCAUUUAGCUUCAAAGAGUGAGAUAACAAAAAACAAAAGGAAAUAA